GAGAAAUGGCACAGAAAGGAGUUCAGCUGGACCGAGAAACCUUCUCUUGUUUGAUCUGUUUGGAUCUACUGAAGGAUCCGGUGACUAUUCCCUGUGGACACAGCUACUGCAUGAACUGUAUUAAAGGCUUCUGGGAUGAAGAGGAGGAGAAGAAAAUCUGCAGCUGCCCUCAGUGCAGACAGACCUUCACACCGAGGUCUGUCCUGGUGGAAAACACCAUGUUAGCAGAUUUAGUGGAGAAGUUCAAGAAGACUGGACUCCAAGCUGCUCCUGCUGAUCAUUGCUAUGCUGGACCUGAAGAUGAGGCCUGCGAUGUCUGCACUGAGAGAAAAAUGAAGACAGUGAAGUCCUGUUAUCUCUGCUCUGUGGAUGAACAUAAAGGCCACAACACAGUCUCAGCUGCAGCAGAAAGGACUGAGAGGCAGAGAGAGCUCGAGGUGAGUCGAAUAAACAUCCAGCAGAGAAUCCAGGACAAAGAGAAAGAUGUGAAGCUGCUUCAACAGGAGGUGGAGGCCAUCAAUCAGUCUGCUCAUAAAACAGUGGAGCACAGUGAGAAGAUCUUCACUGAGCUGAUCCGUGUGAUCCAGAAAAGAAGCUCUGAUGUGAAGCAGCAGAUCAGAUCCCAGCAGGAAACUGAAGUGAGUCGAGUCAAAGAGCUUCAGGAGAAGCUGGAGCAGGAGAUCACUGAGCUGAAGAGGAAAGACGCUGAGCUGAAGCAGCUCUCACACACAGAGGAUCACAUCCAGUUUCUACACAACUACCCCUCACUGUCAGCACUCAGUGAGUCUACACACUCAUCCAGCAUCAAUAUCCGUCCUCUGAGAUACUUUGAGGAUGUGACAGCAGCUGUGUCAGAGCUCAGAGAGAAACUACAGGACAUCCUGAGAGAGGAACGGACAAACAUCUCACUGACAGUCACUGAAGUGGAUGUUUUACUGUCAGAUCCACCAGAGCCAAAGACCAGAGCUGGAUUCUUAAAAUAUUCACAGGAAAUCACAUUGGAUCCAAACACAGCACACAAACAGCUGUUAUUAUCAGAGGGGAAUAGAAAAGUAACAUUUGUGAAACGUCAACAGUCUUAUUCUGAUCAUCCAGACAGAUUUACUUAUUGGUUUCAGGUCCUGAGCAGAGAGAGUCUGACUGGACGUUGUUACUGGGAGGUGGAGUGGAGAGGGAAACGAGUUUAUGUAGCAGUCGCAUACAAGAAUAUCAGCAGAGCAGGGUGGGACAGUGAAUGUGGAUUUGGACGUAAUGACAGAUCUUGGGCAUUAAACUGUGUAUCAGACAGUUUUAUAUUUUGGUAUGACAACAUCAAAACACGUGUUUCCAGAGUAGGAGUGUACCUGGAUCACAGAGCAGGUAUUCUGUCCUUCUACAGCAUCUCUGAAACCAUGACUCUCCUCCACAGAGUCCAGACCACAUUCACUCAGCCGCUCUAUGCUGGAUUGAUGCUUUAUCAUGAUUAUGGAAACUCUGCUGAGUUCAUUAAGCUGAAAUAGAAGAAGUCUUUCAUAUUGUUGUGGGUUUAAAUCUGUAUUUUAGUUCAUGUUAUUUUCUCUCCAUCAUUGUUGUGGCAUUUCUGCACUGCACAGAGAUCAGCUGUCAGUCAAACAUUAUGGGUGGUACCUUGACAUCUUCUAGUUGUUCUCUUGAUGUAUUGGAGUUUUUCUGUUU